UGAGGCGGGUAAUACAAUUUCACUCCCUCCCUUUAUUUUCUUUCUUUCCCCCCAUUUAUUUUCCUAUUUUGGUUUUUAGUUUUCCUCUUUCCACAAAAUUUGUCCAAAAGUUCACUCCUUCACCCCAAUUCCAAAAAUCCACUACUUCACCCCAAUUCCAAAAAUUCGACAGCUUCAAAUAGUAGCAAAAAAUGGUAGAAUCACUUCUUUCAGGAGUAGGAAGAAGAUUGAACGAGAUCUAAGCUAUGUCUGAUUGGAUGAGAAUAGAUGUAGCUUGUGCAUUUCCUUUCAUGAUCUUGGAUUAAGCUUAAUUUUGUUCGUACAUGGAAAAGAUGAAACUUCAUUCUACUUUGAUAUGUGUUGGAAAACCAGCUAACUGAUUGGGGAAGAAAAAACGAAAAAAAACAAGUAAAGGCCAGCUAACUUGUUCUUAAUCUGCUUCUUCUCAACUGCUUUAUUCCAACAUGAUCGACAAGAGUUGGAUUGCAAAGUCAAUUAGAUCAGAUGAAUUCUUGGAUGGUGUAGUCCAAUUUUUGGACUUCGCCUUUUCGAAUGCAUCCAUAAAUGGAAAAAUCUUAUGUCCUUGCACUAUAUGUGGAUUUAAUGUUAUGUGCAAUAGAGCUGAUGUGUUUAGGCAUCUCCUUCAACAUGGGUUUCCAGAAAAGUACACAUGUUGGUACAUGCAUGGGGAAAAGCAUAUUCAAUCCAAUGUAGAAUAAUUAUCCCGAGUACAAGAUGAGUGGGUUAGACAAUAUCCGAUGAAUGAUAUGUUGAAUGAUGCUUUUGGAAACGUCUUUGAUAAUAACGACUUUCAAGAUUCUGGUUCAUCAAAUUUACCAAAUAAUGACCUUCCUAGGGUUGCUGAAGAUAAAAGUCAAGAAGAGAGAGACAAAAUUAAGGAGUUGUUAGAGGACGGGAAUCAAGAACUUUAUGAUGGUUAUGCAAAAUAUAGUAAAUUGUCAUUUAUUGUUCACCUUUAUCAUAUUAAGGUCUUAUGUGGUGCAACUGAUAAAACAUUUUCAAUGAUUCUUGACCUUUUAAAGGAUGCUUUUCCUCAUGCGAAAGUACCAUCAUCAUUUUAUGAGUCAAAAAAGAUGAUUAAGAGGUUAGGUUUGAGCUAUGAUAAGAUCGAUGCAUGUCCAAACCAUUGCAUGUUAUAUUGGGGAUUAUCCGAGGAUAAGAAGAGAGAUAAAUACAAGAAGUGCAAUACAUCCAGGUAUGUAUCAAAUGAAAAUGAUGUUGGUGCAAAUGUUGUGAUUGAUGACCAACAGAAAAAGAAACCAAAGGCAGCGAAAGUAUUGCGAUACUUCCCACUUAUACCUAGGCUGAGAAGGCUAUACAUGUGCUCGAAAACUACAGAACUUUUGAAAUGGCAUGCUACAAAGGCUAACCCAGAUGGAUUAUUACGACAUCCUAGAGAUGGCAAAGCGUGGAAACAUUUUGAUUCUUUCUAUCCUGACUUUGCUUCAGAGACUCGUAAUGUGCGACUUGCUUUAGCUACAGAUGGUUUCAAUCCGUUUGGAAAUUUAAGUUCCAAUUUUAGCAUUUGGCCUGUGAUGUUGUAUAUUUAUAACUAUCCUCCAUGGUGUUUUAUGAAGCAAACUUCUCUUGUCAUGUCGAUGAUAAUUCCUAGUCCUAAAAUGCCUGGAAAUAGCAUUGAUGUUUACUUGCAACCUUUAAUCGCUGAAUUAAAACAGUUGUGGGGUGGUGUACGUGCUUAUGAUUCCUCAACUAAGGAAAUGUUUCAGUUGCGUGCUGCAUUGAUGUGGACCAUAAGUGAUUUUCCAGGUCUUGACAACUUGUCUGGGUGGAAUACACAUACAUCACUUGCUUGUCCAUCAUGUAAUUUUGAUACAGAAUCUAUGAGGCUAAAGUUUGGUAGAAAAAAUUGCUUUAUGGGACAUCGUCGGUAUUUGCCACAUGAUCACAAGUAUAGAUACAAUAAGCAGUCAUUUAAUGGUUUUGAGGAGCAUAGACCUGCCCCUAUCCCACCAUCAGGUUCAACCAUGUUAAGGCAAAUUGAAGAGAGCCGGAAGAGGCCUCGUGAUGAUGCUACAAAUGAGGUUGGGCCAGAACAAUGGAAGAAAAAGAGUAUCUUUUGGAAUUUACCUUAUUGGAAGAACAAUCUUAUUCGUCAUUGCCUUGACCUGAUGCACGUAGAGAAGAAUGUUUGUGACAAUGUAUUGUUCACCAUACUUGGUGACAAAAAAAGAUCAAAAGACAAUUUGCAAGCUCGUAAAGACUUGCAAGCGAUGGGAAUUAGAGAAAAGCUUCAUCCAUAUCCUAAUUCUUCUAAGUUUCCUCCAUCAUGCUUUAACAUGAAGAAAGAACAGAAAGAUAACUUCCUAAAAGUUUUAAAAAAUAUGGUUUUUCCAGAUAAUUAUGCAUCAAACAUUUCUAGAUGUGUUGAUCUUACGAAACGCAAGAUCUCUAAUUUAAAAAGCCAUGAUUCCCACAUUCUGAUGGAGCGUCUUUUACCAAUUGCUUUUCGAAAAUCUCUUCCUAAAGAAGUUACUUCAGUGUUGAUUGAGUUAUGUAACUACUUUAGAGAAGUAUCAAGCAAGGUUUUAGAUGUGAAGUAUAUAGAGAAUCUCCAACAACGAAUUUGGUUGAAUCAUUCCAAUAUGGAAAUGAUAUUCCCUCCAUCCUUUUUCACUAUUAUGGUUCAUCUGGUAAUUCAUCUUGGAGAGGAAGCAAUCCUUGCUGGUCCAGUACAAGGUCAUUAUAUGUACCCUGUUGAAAGGGAACUCGGCCACUUGCAAUCUUAUGUUCGUAACAAUUUUGCACCGGAAGGUUGUAUAGCUGAAGGGUACAUUAUGGAGGAAUGUCUCACUUUUUGUUCUAGAUAUUUGGAGGGUGAUAUUGAAACAAUGUUUAAUCGACCAAGGCGUAAUGAUGAUGACAACGAGAUCAAUGCUAGUAGUGAAUCAACUAUCUUGUCAAACUUGUUUCCUGCAUCAGGCAAACCUGUUGGUGCUAUUAAAACUCUACCCAUACCUCCCUUGGAAAUCAUACAAGCUCACCGAUAUGUGCUAACCAAUUGUGAAAUAGUUGAUCCAUUUCGAGAGAAGUUUAGAAUUGAGGUCACUAGGAUGCAUCGUAGCAAAAAAAACUAUGCAAAAGUUGUGGAGGAAUAUGUGCACAAACAUUUUCAUGAGUGGCUUAAGCGAUAUGUUGCAAGAAAGGAUGGUGCGGAUAUUACACCUGAAAUUGAAUGGCUUGCAAAUGGGCCAAAUAAUGUUGUGAGGAGAUUCAAGGAGUAUAACGUUCAUGGAUUUAAGUUUCGUACUGUGAGGAAGGAGCAAGGGUUGAGAACACAAAAUAGUGGUGUUGUUAUGUCUGCGGUUACUAAGAGAUUUUCAAGUGGCAGAGAAUCUAUUGAACAGUCAAGUGAUGAUAUGUACUAUGGUAAAUUGGUUGACAUCAUAGAGUUAAAUUAUUACGGUAAGUUAAAGGUUGUGUUAUUCAAAUGUAUUUGGGUAGACACUACACUUAACAAGGGAAUCAAGAUAGAUCAAUUUGGGAUAACAAGUGUAAAUAUUUCCCGUUUGAUACACACCGGUACAAAAGAAACAGAUGAACUAUAUAUACUUGCAACUGAUGCUAGAAUGGUUUACUAUGUUGAUGAUCCAAUUGAUGAAGGUUGGUGUUUUGUUUGUCAUAUGAAGCCUAGAGACAUAUAUGAUAUGGGAGAUGUGGAUUAUGUGGAUUUAGAGGAGCCACCAAUGGAAGACAUACCUUUUCAUGAGCAACAUUUGGAAAAUAUCGAAAACUUACAAUUAGUGCGGGAUGAUCGCUAUGAACAAGAACAAGAUGAACCAACUCAUGGUGAUUAUGAAAGUGGUAGUGAUGGAGAUGGUGAUGAUGGAUAUGGUGAAGGAAUGGUAGACUAGUUAAUACCCCUGUUAUGGAAUUGAAGACCUUUUAAGAUGCAUUUAAUAUCCCUACUUCUCCCGCAUUGCUAGCUAUGAAAGAUGCCAUGAUUGCUACUAUUCUAAAGAACUCUGAGAUCAAAGAUGGGCAGUAUAUAUUUUUCAUACCAAGUGUAGCAAACAGCACUGGAUUGCAAGUUGUGGACUUGACAAACCAUUUGCAAACUUUGAAGAUUUUUCCAUGUCUGAUAGUCAGAAAGAACAUGUGGCAUCCAUUGUGCAGUUUGUGCCUGGACUUGAGUCCUUGAGGCAGAAGCUUUGCCAUGAAAUAUCUGAUAGGCAAUUUUGGAUGAUCUAUUUCGUUUUAUUGCUUCCAAGGCUGAAUGGGAAUGACUUGGAGCUGUAUAUUAUGGUCAUUGUAUUAGUGAAUGCAGAUUAGUUAUGUAUUGGCACCAGAAAAAUAAUUGUAAUUUAAAAAAAAAAAAAACUGUGAACAUUAGCCACGGUUGAACCGUGGCUAAGUAAUAUGAUAACAAUGCAUGUUUGCCACGGCUAAACCGUGGCUAAUUUAUAUGAUGUGAACAAAUUUCCUAUGCCUUAGAUUAGCCACGGUUGUAGCAUGGGUAAUCUGAAAUUCCAAAAUAUAAUGCCUUUUUCUUGCAGUCAAAUUUAACCACGGUUUGAUCGUGGCUAUAGCUAUAUUAAACCGUGGCUAACUUAGGGUUUCCACGGACGGUAAAACCGUGGCAAAUUCACUGGCGACGCCCCGUAUGGGCACGGCCUUAACCGUGGCUAACUUACCGUGGCAAAGUAGUUUUAGCCACGGUUUUGGUACCCUUUAGCCACGGUUUUGCGCGUGGCUAAAUCCCGCAUUU